ACCAGCUCAAAUGAAUGUUCAUCUGAAAGGUCAGGACCUCCUUACUCUACAGAACUACACAGGAGAUGAGCUGAAGUAUUUGCUGUGGAUGGCCUCAGAUUUGAAACAAAGGAUAAAGUACAAAGGAGAGUAUUUACCUUUGAUGCAAGGAAAAUCUUUGGCCAUGAUUUUUGAGAAGAGAAGCACAAGAACAAGAUUAUCUGCAGAAACAGGAUUUGCUCUCCUUGGAGGACAUCCUUCCUUCCUUACAACACAAGACAUACAUCUGGGCACUAAUGAGAGUCUCACAGAUACAGUGAGGGUGCUGUCCAGCAUGACAAAUGCAAUCUUGGCUCGAGUUUAUAAGCAUAAUGAUCUGGACCUAAUGGCAAAAGAAUCCACGAUCCCAAUAAUCAAUGGACUGUCCGAUUUAUAUCACCCUCUCCAGAUUUUAGCUGAUUACCUAACCCUUCAGGAGCACUAUGGUGGGCUGAAUGGACUCACUAUCACCUGGAUUGGGGAUGGAAACAAUGUCCUCCACUCCAUCAUGACAAGUGCUGCAAAGCUGGGAAUGCACCUGCGUAUUGCCACUCCCAAGGGCUUUGAACCAGACCUCAGAAUAACUAAAAUAACUGAACAAUAUUCUGAAGAGUAUGGUACCAAGUUUCUUCUGACAACAGAUCCUUUAGAAGCUGCAGACAGUGCUAAUGUCUUAGUUACAGACACAUGGAUAAGUAUGGGACAAGAAGAGGAAAAGAAAGAAAGACUAAAGGCCUUUCAAGGUUAUCAAAUUACAAUGCAGACUGCAAAAUCUGCUGCUUCCAACUGGACUUUUUUACAUUGUUUACCCAGAAAACCUGAAGAAGUUGAUGAUGAAGUAUUUUAUUCCCCACGGUCAUUGGUUUUCCAGGAGGCUGAAAACAGAAAAUGGACAAUUAUGGCUGUCAUGGUUUCCCUGCUGACAGAUUACUCACCACAGCUACAAAAACCUACAUUUUGAUGCUUGGAUUCCUACCAGGAGAAAAAUAAUCUUCAUUGGCAGAAUAUUUUGGUCCUCAAAUACGUAGACCUUCUUCAGAAAGGAUCAAGGCAAUGAAUGAUAUUUUAAUAAAA